UUUAGGAAUACAUUAUAAACAAUAGAAUUAGUCAAUGAAUUUAAUAAGGUGAGUGUAAGGUGGCUGUGGCAACUACUGAAAGCAAAAUAACUCCCUUGUUAGUAAUCACAACAACAACAAAAUUCAUAAAAGUUGACUUUUUACAUGUAAAAUAUGUACACUAAGACACUUUGUCAGCCGAGAACCAAGAGGCCGUAUGUCGUCUUUCUGUCUUUUUUCUGUUUAUUAUCAAUAAGCAUUUAACAAUGGGGUGUGUGUCCAAUGAAUCUAGUCUCAAGAAUGAUACAACUUUCAUAAAUAUUGAAAAAAUUAGUCGGAUAUUCUGCAGAAAGUCUUUACAAAUUAACUUUAAAAAUUUAAUUUUCUCGGAAACACAAAAAGUGGAUGGAAAAAUGGGAAACGGAACAUUUUUGCUGAACGGUAUUUUUCCUAUUGGUAGUGAUGGCGGUUUAAAUAUCCAAUCUGGUUUUAUGAUGUAUCAAGCCAUGAAAUUUGCUGUAAAUGUGGUUAACCGAGCAAACAAUGCUAGUUUUUUACAUGGUUAUAAACUUGCUAUCCACGAAGUUUUUGAUGUAAAGAAUAUGAUGGAUUUGCAGGAAAAAAUUCUAAAAACAUUUAUGGACAGAAUCCCCUUUUUAAUUGGUCCAUACUCUGCACAAUCUUCUUUUAUAGCAAGUACCUUAACAAGCGUGUUUAAUACAGUGGCAAUCAGUUACAGUUCAAGUUGUUCUUUUUUUGAUAAUCGAAAAGUUGAAACAAUACUGAGAACUGUCCCAUCUGACAAAUUUAGAGUCCAAGUUGCUUUGGAUUUGCUUCAGAAACUCAAGUGGAACUAUGUUGUUGUGAUCAGCUCAUAUCGUUAUGAUGGAGAGUAUGAUGCAGCUCAAUUUAUAAAUCAAUUAUCCUCAAUUAAUGUUUGUCUUGAAGCUGAGAUUGGCCUACCUUACCAUCUUACUAAAUCAGUUUAUGAAAGUGUUUUACAGAAUCUAUUUGGAGGAAAUUAUAAAAAUAAAGAGAAAAGACGUUCUAUUGGACUUAUUUUGUUUACUAACAAACAAGAUACGUCCGCAAUAUUUUCAUUGAUACAAGAACACAAUUUGAAAAAUAAUCUGGCUAUAAUAUGUAUUUACGGAUGUACCAACUAUGUUGAGAUUACUCAGGGCAAAGAAGCCGCUCUAAAUGGAACUUUAAGUUUAGAUAUUGCCUAUGACAGAGUACAAGGAUUUGAGAAUUAUUAUUUAAAUUUAAACCCAUAUGAUGAUCCUGAUCCGGAGCUAAAAUCUGUUUGGGAGAAUAUAUUCAAUUGUUCAUUGUCUGCUAACAAUGCAUCCAAAAAUUUAUGUACAGGGGAAGAGCGUUUUUCUGAAGAAGUAGGUUAUUAUUCUCAAACUCCAGUUCAUACCGUCAUUUAUGCUGUAUAUUCGAUUGCUGACUCUCUUGAGCUUUUCAUUGACCAUCUUUGCAAUAUUCGUAAGGUUCAUAUGAAAGACUUUAAAGAGUGUUUUUUAAAUGCAAGUGAUCGUGAUGAAUACUCAGAAGCUGUUCGGCAACUUUUAAACUGGUUAUCUUAUUCAGAUGGUACUUUAGAUGAUUUUAAAACUCCGUUCAUAAGAAUUAAUAGAACGAUAAAGUACGAUAUUCAUCAGUUCUUAUUCACUGAAGGAAAGUAUAGAAAUGUGUUGAGAGGAAGUUGGGAAUUAUAUCGACCAAAUUUAAGUAUAUCACCUGAAGAAGUUCUUUAUAGUACUCGGCCUAAGUUCACAUUUGUAACUGAUGAUAUUCUAUCAUUAGUUCCUAUUAUAUUAUGUAGCGAUCCGUGUCCUUUAGGUGAAAUCAGAAUUAAAGAAACAAGUUUACAAAAGUCGAUGUGUUGCUGGAAGUGUCAGAAAUGCCAAUAUAAUAGUAUUUCCCAUAAUGAUUCGUGUAUCCCAUGUGGCAAAAAAGAAAAAGUAGAGUCUAAUGAAUGCAAGACUAUACCAGAAAUAGAAGCUUCUAUGGCUGGUGCAUGUGGCAAAUUUUUAUAUAUAUAUAUAGUGCUGAUAUUUGUUGGUCUAUGUUUAGUUUUAGGUGUAACAGGUCUAUUCAUUUAUUUUAAAAGUAACCGUAUUGUUAGUUGCUCAGAAUGGGAUUUAAAUUGCCUAAUUUUAGUCGGUAUCAAGAUAUUGUUUUGCUGCCCUAUUGUUUAUAUGAUUCGCCCUUCAAUAAUAUCAUGCGUUUUCAGAGAAUUGUUGCCUGGUAUGGGGUUUUUAAUGUGUUAUGUACCGUUAUUAACUCGAACGCAUCAGAUAUAUAAAUCAUUUGUCUGUGGAAAAACCUCUGUAUCUAAGCCUGCAUCACAUCCAAUAUUUCAAGCGUUUAUUGUGUUUGGCAUAGUUUUUCUUCAAAUUAUGAUUUCUAUUCUACGUUUUGUUUUGACUUUGCCUAACCCUAAUUUUGUUAUGUCGCCCAAUAAAGAUUUUAUUAUUUUUCAGUGCAACGGUGUGACACACUUGGUGCCGUUUCUGGUAAAUUUAUUACUAAGUGUUUGUACUAUGGGUCUGUGUACUUUUAAUGCAUUCAGAAUUAGACAUUUUCCAAAAAACAACAAUGAAGCUCGACAUAUUGGUGUAACAAUGUAUAUUAGUUGUGUUAUAUGGGGUGUAUUCCUAUCAUCAUACUACCCAGAAAAGCAAUUUUUUUUGAGUGAGUUAUUAAUAAGUGCUCUUUGUAUAUUUCUUGGAUAUUUAACACUUAUCGGUUUAUUUAUAAAUAAGGUCAGAUUGUUGCUAUGUCCGUUGCCUUCUGACAACAAUUUAAACAAUCAACAAAUGCUUUCACUGCAGACUAUAUAGUUAUUGUUGUUAUUUGCGUCUUUAUUAUUAUGGGUAUCAUUAUCAUUGUGUCAUUAUUGCUAGCAGUUUAAACAAUUAUUUUUUUACAUUGUUUAAAUAACUGUUAUUUACAGUUUAAACAAUUUUUUUUCAAUUACUAUUUACUUUGUGCCUUUUGCUACUGUCUUUUCAAAUUGAAAAAAAAUUAUACCCAAGAACAACCAUUCAACGGAGCAGCUUUUGGUCGCGGUUUGGCACAAUUGACAAAUCAUCGUGCCGCUGAAACAAAAUUUAAAUUUCAUUGAACCAACAAUAUUUACUACUGAUAAGUUAAUAUUUUUCAAAAUGUUAUUUGCGCCUUCAUCUAUGUAUUAUAUUGAAAAAUAUAAGGUGUUAUAUUGGUAUUGUUGUA